AUGUUCCAUAGACUAGUGGCCACCUCUUUCAGCCAAUCGCUAGCGAAAUCCGCCAGCUCCAGGAGCGCAUAUUCUUUGAGGCUUGUCCAAAACCGGUCCCUUUUUCUGGCGUCCAAAUUGCUUCGCAGAACCCGUGUGGUGAGGGAAAUCAGUGCCGACGAAGUUAAGAAGUACCAGGAGGCGCAACGUGCAAAUCCCUCGAGUGGCAAUGACUUCUACUAUAAACAGAAACCUUCAGCCGACCGGGAUGCUUAUCGUGGGAAAGCAUCACAGUUCCGUACUGUGUUCGAGACGCCACCAAACAAGAACGACUUGAUUACACCUGAAGAUGCUGUAUAUGAGAUCUUGCGUGAGCCUACAAUUGUAAUUGAAAGACAGAUUGAAUUUAUGAAUGUAUUCUUGGGCUUUGAACAAGCGAACAGGUACAAGAUUAUGAACUCCAUGGGACAACAGAUCGGAUACAUGGAAGAAGAAGACUAUGGAAUCUUGAAGAUGAUUGGUAGACAGUUUUUCCGUUUGCACAGACCGUUCAAAAUCGGCGUUUAUGAUAACUAUGGAACCCUUGUUAUGACCAUCAAGAGACCGUUCUCGUUCAUCAAUUCUCACAUCAAAUGCUACUUGCCUGGAUACGACGAGAGAGGAAAUUUGAUGUUUGAAAUCAUCGGCGAGACGGUCCAGAAAUGGCAUCUUUGGCGUAGACGCUAUAACUUGUUCAAGUUGGAGGAUGAUGCUACUAACACCUAUGAUCAGUUUGGCGCAGUCGACUCUGGUUUUUUGGCAUUCGAUUUUCCCGUCAGAAACGAAGAGGGCCACGUCAUUGCUUCUGUAGAUAGAAACUGGGUUGGUUUGGGACGUGAGCUUUUUACGGAUACUGGUGUCUACAUUGUGCGUAUGGAUCCAGCUAGUUUCCAAGGGUUGGGAGAUCUAUACCCCACCGUUGCAGGACCGCUCCUGAUGGACCAGCGUGCAAUUUUGCUCGGAAAUGCUGUCAGUAUCGAUUUCGAUUACUUCUCAAGACACAGUCGUACCGGUGGCGGACUCUUCAGCUUUGGCUCAUACGAAUAG